AAACGUACUCGACCAAUUUCAAACAGGCGGGAGAUCAGUUUUAUUUACAAAAUUUAAAAAAAAAAUUAAAAAUGGCGGAGCCAAUGGAGAUUUCUUCUUCAUCAGAACCUCUCAAUCUUCAAUCUAUCCGCAGCCGAAUAAGUGAGCUCUCGGAGAUUCAUAGUAGCAAUAAAAAUGAAGUUGAGAGUGAAGCUCUCUCUUCGGAUUCGGAGAAGCUGUUCAAUGAUUUCCCUUCUCAUUUCGAGAGGAAAGUGAACCAAAUAAUUGAAGAAUAUUCUGAUGCGGGUUUCUUAGGAAUUGAAGAUUUAGGUAUAUACCUAGCAUACUUGAAAGUGGAGCAUAAUCAAGUUGAGGCUGAAAGUGUCAAGAUUUCUAAUGAAAUUGAGGAUCUAUCAAGAAAUCGUAUUGAAGAAUCAAAUAUUCUGGAAGGCAAUCUUGAAGGCUUGAAAAGUGCAUUGGAUUCCAUUGCCUCUCAGGGGAUAGUGGAAGAGGAUCCAUGCUUCAUCUCUUCUAUAAAUGAUGAACAUCAAUCAAAUCUUAUGGAUACAAAUGAAGAGCAAAAGUUUGAGAUUUUGGAACUAGAAAGUCAGAUUGAGAAGAACAACUUACUUUUGGAGUCUUUGCAGGAUCUUGAUUCUACAUUAAAAAGGUUAGAUGCCUUAGAACAGAUUGAAAAUGCACUGACAGGCUUGAAAGUCAUUGGCUUUGAUGGGAACUUCAUUAGACUGUCAUUGCAGACAUAUAUUCCAAAAGUAGAGGGCGUUUUGUGGCAAAUAAUGAUUGAAGAUAUUGAUGAGCCAUCUGAAAUUACUCAUGAAUUGCUGCUAGAGAUUAUUGAUGAUGGUACCAUGGAGGUCAAGAACGUUGAGAUGUUCCCGAAUGACGUUUACAUAGGUGAUAUACUUGAUGCUGCAAAGUCUUACAGGCAACUAUCCUCUAACUUAUUGACACGAGAGCCAUGGUCUUCAUUAGAGUGGUUCGUGGGAAAAAUGCAAGAUAGGAUUAUCUUAAGUACUUCGAGACGAUCUGUCGUAAAGAGUGCAAACAAAUCAAGGCAUUGCUUUGAGUACAUCGAGAAAGAUGAGACCAUUGCAGCUCAUUUGGUUGAGGGAAUUGAUGCAUUUAUAAAGGUAUCUCAAGGUUGGCCGCUAUCAGAAUCUCCAUUGAAAUUGUUAUCUGUCAAGAGCUCUGAUCAUCAUUCAAGGGAAAUUUCAUUGAGCUUGCUUUGCAAGGUUCAGGAAAUGGCUAAUUCCUUGGACACGAACAUUCGGCAAAAUUUAUCGACUUUUGUGGAUGCUGUUGAAAAGUUACUUUUAGAACAGAUGCGCUUAGAGCUUCAGUCUGAUGAUGCCUCCGAUAAGUGACUGAUGCAGCCUGCAUCACUCUGUAAGCUUGAAGGUCAAUGCCGCAUAUAAUCUUUAAAAUUUGCUGAAUCCACCCAUGAAAUCAUCAGUCCAGAUAUUAGUCAGGAUCAUACCCAUCUAAAGAUACAAAUGGGAACAUCUCUGGAGAAUGGUUAGCUAUCUUUCUAUCUUCUAGUUUUUUAUAAUCUACUGGAACUAUAAUGGACAUAAAUCAGUCAUACCUAGAAUUCGAUUAUGGAAAUUGAUUUUCUUUUUGAAAAUGUAUAAAAAUUAGACGUCAGAAGUUGUUUCUUAUGAUGGAAUAUCAGAAGUUUUUUAUUCA